UCAGCGAAAGCAUUUAAAAAAAGCCCGUAGUGCUAAUAAAAAAUUCAACAAUGAAGAUUCUAAUAUACCUUCUUUAUCUAUUAUUGAUACAAACACUAUAGAUUCUGCAACUAUUAACACAACAAUUGCUACUCAAACUGAAAAUAUUGUUAAUACAAUUGCCACACAAACUGAAUCUACUAUUAAUACUGUUGCUACCCAAACUGAAAAUAUUGUUAAUACAGUUGCUACACAAACUGAAUUUUUUGUUAAUACAGUUGCUACUCAAACUGAAGUUAUUACUAUACAAUCUAAUGAAAUUCAA